AUGAUUAUGACUCUUGAUCUUACAUUUCCAAUUCCAUCUAAUAAAAGAAUAAAGAAAAAAAUUCAUAUUGAAUAUACCAAUGCAAUUGGAGAAUUAAAAAUAUUACUUGAAAAUACUUGUGAAUCAGCUUCUUUGACAACUGAUCUUUGGAUGGCUAAGAUGGUUGAAUUUAGUUUACCUUAUGCCGCCUAUACUCUGCAACUCUCAAUUAAUCGUGUAUUUCAAAAAACUAAAGUUUAUAUUAAGCGGAUUAAACGUUUGGUACACUUUUUUACAAGCUCCCCUAAACAGAGUGAAUGCCUUGAUGAUGCACAAAAAGAAUUUUAA